UUGAAACAAAAAUUAAAACAAUGUUGAUCCGCAACAUCGAGCUGGAAAAGCAGGCCUGCAUGCAUGUGAACUGGUACGAGCUGUUUCGAAAAAAUACGAUCAAAUCGUGCAUUAUUCCGGUGCCGGAAGAUGUGCUGGCGUAUCUGCGCCAGGAUAUGCUAAUUCUGCCGAAGGAGUGCUCCAACUUUACGGACGUGAGCACGGGGGAAGGAUUUCAAACCACACACUACAACGCGUUCGACGACCAGUUCGAUGGAACGGAUAGUGAGGGCGAGGAUGGUGCGGAUGACGAACAGGAGCAGCCUGCAUUUCCGGAAUUCUCCCAAUCGCUGACCGAUGCGAUACAGAGUCUGGGAGGGAAUGCGUUUCUGAAAAGCGACUGGCACUGCCCGAAGGAUGCGCAGUGGAUCACGCUCGGCCAGUCGCUCUGUGUGCGCGACAUUACGGACGUGUAUCAGCUGCUGAAAGCGUCCAGCUUCUGUAAGGAAGACUUCCGCGAACGGUCCGAGGUGAAUGGGAGCGGGUAUCACGUUGUGCUGAAGAAGUGGCGGGACAUCCAUCCCGGGUCGGAGUUCCGUUGCUUCGUGCGCAAUCGGUCGCUCGUGGCGAUCUCCCCUCGGCACUGGCCAUCGUACCACGAGCACAUUGCACGCGAACGGAGCGACAUCGUGAACGAUAUUGUGUCGCUGUUCAAGGAGAAGAUAAAGGAGACCUUCCCGUUGAAGGAUUAUGUAUUCGACGUGUAUCGUCCAGCGAAGGAUAAUGUCAUCAUUAUGGACUUUUCACUGUACGGCAAGGGCCAUUCCGACAGCUUGGCGUUCGAUUACGACCAGCUGGACGAUGAAGCGCAGGUGGCGACGAUCGAAGAGGAGGAUGAUCCCGAAUUCCGCUAUCUGCCGAACGACUGUGGCGUACAGCCGAUAAAGCGGAAUGUGUACGGCUUUCCGCAGGAUUUCUGCAACUUCUUCCAAGGUGCGGCACCAUCGUCGGAGGGUGGCGCCGCGGCGGAAGAGGCCAGUGUCGAGGGGGACAGUAACAAUUUGAUCAACCGGUUGAUUGAGCAGUGCAAUCUGCAGCAGUUGCACGAUCUGGAUAAUCAGAACGAACAAGCAUAAGGGAUCGAAAUUAUCGCACACAUGAAUCGCUAUAAAUGCAUCUAAAUUAUACAAUA